UGUUCAAUGUUAUCUAUUUAAACAGCUAAAUUUUGCUCGUGAAACAUUCUUAUUUCUUCUUAAAAAUUAAAAUUAUAAGAUACAAAGUUUAGACUUUAGUACAUAUGUGUGCUAUUUUGAAAUGAACAAUAAUUAUAUUGACAAUUAUAUUUUCCCCCAAAAAUGUUAAACUAUUUAGUUUUGCUUAAGAAAUCUUAAUAGGUGAUGUGAGUAUUAACUUUUUUAAAAUGAUGCAAAGACCAAUUGAAAUGAUAGACCCCCACAAAUAUGUUACUGUUGUACCGAUCGAAUAUCCUCGGCACAGACAGCAGCAGCAGCAGCAGCAACUGCAGCAGCAUCAGCUGCAGCAGCAGUUUAUAAAACCUCCUGAUGAGUACAGAGAUGAUUACCCUCAAAAUCGGAACUGGCCACACACUAGAGUUAUUAAUUCUGAAGCUGAAACAAUUCGAAGGAAACAACUGAAAAGAUCGAUAGAGCAUAAAUUAGCACAAAAACAUCAUAGAAAUGAAUUCAUUCAAACAUGUUCAAAGCAACUAAUUAGUGCUCCUCCAGCAUUCCAAACUAAUCCUAUACCUUCUAAAAAACCUAUGAAAGUUUUUGUGUACACAAUGGCCGAUGUAGUAUUGCAUAUGGAUUUAGAGGAUUCUAAUUCGACAACGGUAUCUGAACUUGUUGACAUUAUUUUAAAACCAAAAAAUUUGGGACUACCGAAAAUGGCAAAAAAUGUGUUUACGAUUUGGAUGAAAUCAAAUGUUUUAGAGAUCCAGUUAAAACCGUACCAUAAGUUGUGGACACUCUAUCAGAAGUGGUCUGCCUUGGAGGAUAAAUAUUGUAAUGAACCAGAUAAAAUGGUUGUUCAACCACUGUUAUGGUUUCAAAGAAAUGUGUUCUUCCCAAAAAAAGAAGAGGAGAAAAUUAAGGAUCCAAAAAUUAUCGAGUUACUGUAUGCCGAGGCCAAGUAUAAUGUUUUGCAAGGUCGGUAUCCAGUUGAAGUCAAUCACUGUUUGAUGUUAGCUAUUAUUCAAUGUCGAAUAGAGCUAGGAUCAAAUAAUUUGCAACAGUAUAAUUCAAGUUUUUUCAGAGACAACAAAGAACGAUUUUUGCCAGCACAUUUGUAUAAGAAAUGGUCAUCGUGGUUUAGACUAGAUAGAAAAAGUACACCUCACUCUCGACUUGCUGAACAUUUGAAACGAUUACAAAUUACUGGAUCAGACCGCAAACUGUAUCAAAAAUAUUUGGAAUGUAGUUACAUGCUUCCAUUUUAUGGGUGUGCGUUUUUUCCUGGACAAAUCGAGCAGCCCGUACGAGGUCUAAUGUCUUUGUUGAAUCACAAAGAUGUUCCUAUUUAUGUUGCAAUAAACACUGAAGGUGUUUAUAUUUUAGAUAAUACUGAAAAUUGUUUGUUAUUGGGUCUUAAGUACCAAGACUUUUCUUGGGAAUUCGCUAAACCGUCCGAAGGAAAAAACAGUCAUUGCUUGCCUUGCAUUUUUUUACAAUUUCUGGUCCUCGAAAAUGGCACAAGAGUAUCAAAAAUUGUACAAGUGUUUUCUAAACAAGCUGUUAUGAUGGACGCUUUAAUUGCGUGUUUUGUAGAAGAUUUUAGGCAUAAACUUGCUAUGAACGAUUACGAUGAUGUAGACAGGACUGGUGGUUUUGAACACAUUUCUGUUGCUGAUGGUUCUCGAAUACCUUUAGCUCACCUUUAUCGCAGCGAACCGCAGUCAAGGUUGUUAAAUAAACUCAACAAAUUAACAUUGGCAACAUUUGACGAAGACGGCAUGGAUGUGGAGUAUCACCGCUUAGCUAAUAAUUUUGCAAGUCACUGUAUAGGGCAAACGGGGUCGUGGUCGUUCAGUUAUUAAGUUAAAAUAAUGAUCUCAGUUUACAAUUAUAACUGUAUAUCUAACAUUUAUCUUUAGAGUGUAUAUUGAAGCUCCUUCGCUUUCCGAUAUUAUUACCAAAAUAGCCAUUGAAUGUUAAAAUGUUAAUUUUGGUUUUAUAGAAACCCCUAUACGAAAUACCGUUAGAAAAUUUGUAUUGUUAUUUAUUUUUUACCUUUUACUUUAAACAUUUGUUGAUUAAACGUGUGAUUCAAUUUUUCGACUUUAUAAAAAUUUAAAUCUUGUAAAAAGCCAGAGAGUACAAUGUCUAGGGCAUAUAUUGCAGCUAAGUGAGGAUGCAGAAGUUCGAGUAGUGAUGGACUGGAAGCCAGAAGGUAAAUAUCCACCCUUUUAAGAAGUUAAUAAACGUCGUAGAAAAGAUCUGAGAAUAUAGUGCUAGGUUGAGAGAAAUGUAGGGCAUUAGUGAUGGUGGCAUAAGCUCAUGGAGAGUACCAGAAGCCAGAUAAAGAAAGAAAGAAGAAGAUAAGCAUUUAAGGAUUCAUCUAUAAAUGGACACCAGUAUAAAUUAUACUGCAGUUAAAUUAUUGUGUUCGGCAUUAUUUUAUAUUAUUAUUUCUUUAAGAACUUUAAACAUUUUCAUGUUUCACACUUAAUGUGUUAAUAUUUGAUUUAAAAAAAUAUUAUCCGUCGCCCUAAAUACUCUUAUAUUACAAUAUGGUAAGGUAAACUUUUUAAUUGUUGUACAUUAAAAUAAAUAGCUAUUGCAGUCUCAAAUCAUUUUAAUAUUUUGUAAGUUACCUUAUAUUUAUUAUAACUUGUAUUUUCUUUGCUACUAAUUAAGAACCUAGUAUUAAUAAUAUGGUUUAUCUAAUAAUUACUGUUUCUUUUUAGCCUUACUAGCUCUUUUCACUCUUGGUUUCUAAUGAUUAAUUUAAUUGUAAAACUAGUCAUUGUAAUUGUAUAAAUUAUUAUUUUCAAGGUACAAACGAAAAAACGUACACACGACUUACCAACAAAUGUUUAUCUUUUUUAUUGUGUUAGAUUUACUUUAUAUAGUGGGCUACUGCAUAUAACUUAAUUGAUUCUUUAAACCGUGUCUGGACCACUUGCAGUGCUCUAAAAUAAGGAUUUAUGGAAUCAAGAAAAUUUGGUACAACCUAUCAUUAGUCUGAUACAUAAUAUACUAUUGAUAUGUUUUAUUUAUUAUGCCAUUGUAUAAUUUUAUGCUAUAUUAGUUUUAAUAAACAUCACCCUAUUGAGUUAAUACCUAAUGUAUUAAUUAGGCCAUUUUUUAAUCAAAGCUAGCUUUUGACUUGUGUGUUGUGAUAUUUUAGCUGUACACAAAUAAUAUAUUAUAUCGUUUAUGGAGUACUACUUCAUGUUUUAUUAUGAUAAAAAAUGUUUAGUACAUAUAUUACGAAAUAACUUUUUUCUUGAUAUUUAUUAGAAUAUAAUUUAAUGUAUUUUGCUUUUUAAACUACAUAAAAUAUAUCACAUUAAAAAAA